CAGAGGUCCAGAGGUUGCCCUCUGACUGCGAUGAGCCGCCGCUAAAAAUGAAAAGUGUUUCGGAGAAAUCGGUGAACCGAUCGACCGUUUGAAGCAUGACAGGUCAGGUCCUUAGGGACACGACCGCCGGGGCUCCCAUGGACGACAAAGCGGGCAUCCGCAUCAACGUGGGCGGCUUCAAGAAGCGUCUCCAGUCGGACACGCUCUCCCGCUUCCCCGAGACCAGGCUGGCGCGCCUCCUCCAGUGCCAGUCCAAGGAGUCCAUCCUGGAGCUGUGCGACGACUACGACGACGCGGAGAAAGAGUUUUACUUCGACAGGAACCCCGCUCUCUUCCCCUACGUGCUCAAUUUCUACAACACGGGGCGGCUGCACGUCAUGGCCGAGCUGUGCAUCUUCUCCUUCAGCCAGGAGAUCGAGUACUGGGGCAUCAACGAGUUCUUCAUCGACUCCUGCUGCAGCGGCGCCUACCACUGCAGGAAGAUGGACCAGGACAGGAGCGACUGGGACGACGGGAGCGACGCGGGGAGCACCACGUCGUCGUUCGACGAGCUGCUGGAGUUCUACAACGACGCCACCAAGUUCGACAAGCAGCCGCUCGGGAGCGCGCGCAGGCGAGUCUGGCUGAUGCUGGACAACCCCGGGUACUCCGUGGCCAGCCGCAUCAUCAGCGUCCUGUCCAUCCUGGUGGUGCUGGGCUCGAUUGCCACGAUGUGCAUGAACAGCAUGAGCGAGUUCAGCGUGCCGGACAGCAAGGGGGAGCCCACGGAGGACCCGCGCUUUGAGACGGUGGAGCACGUCGGCAUCGGAUGGUUCACGCUGGAGCUGGUGGCCCGGUUCGCGGUGGCCCCCGACCUGCUGCACUUCUUCGACCACCCGCUGAACGUCAUCGACCUGGUCUCCAUACUGCCGUUUUACCUGACGCUCCUCAUCAACCUGGUGGCGGAGAGCAGCCCGGCGCUCGCCAACCUGGGCCGGGUGGCGCAGGUCCUGCGGCUCAUGCGAAUCUUCCGCAUCCUGAAGCUGGCCCGCCACUCCACCGGCCUGCGGUCCCUGGGGGCCACCCUCAGGAACAGCUACAAGGAGGUCGGCCUGCUGCUCCUCUACCUGGCCGUCGGCGUGUCGUUCUUCUCCGUCAUGGCCUACACGGUGGAGAAAGAGGACAGCGAGGACCUCUCCACCAUCCCCGCCUGCUGGUGGUGGGCCACCGUCAGCAUGACCACCGUGGGCUACGGAGACGUGGUGCCCGUCUCCAUCCCGGGCAAACUGACCGCUUCGGCCUGCAUCCUGGCCGGCAUCCUGGUCGUCGUGCUUCCGAUCACGCUCAUCUUCAACAAGUUCUCCCUUUUCUACAAGAGACAAAAGCAGCUGGAGAUCGCAAUGAGAAGCUGCGACUUCGACGAGGGCGCCAAGGAGGUCCCCUCCGUCAACCUGAGGAACUACUACGCGCACAAGGUGAAGUCUCUCAUGGCCAGCUUGUCGAACAUGAGCCGGAGUUCUCCGAGUGAACAGAGUCUGAACGAGUCGUUACAGUGAAGCUCGGCUCGGAGCUGUCCGGGGUGCUGACCCCCGGAGGAGGAGGAGGAGGAGGAGGAGGAGGAGGAGGAGGAAGAGUUCUGCUUCUCACAGUUUGCCUCCCUGUAGCUCAGUGCAAUAACGUGUCAAUGUGUGUGUGUGUGUGUGUGUGUGUGUGUGCGCGUGUGUGUGUGUGUGUAGGUGUGUGUGUGUGUCAGUUCCAGUGAGACAAUAUAAAGAUCACGUGCACUUUUUAAAGGAGCAACUCGGUUUUGUUUUACGUGGGGUUCUGUGAAGAUGUGAACCGUAAUUCCUGUUGUGGAAAGACGUCACGUCACAGUGAGUCUGCGGGAAAGAGGAAAUCCUCAGAGCGACUGAAGGCUGACAGGAAGUUACUUUUACUAUUUCAAAAACAACUCGACCCUCAAACUGUUCAUGUCUUUGAAAGUCAACAGCACUGUGUCAUUGCUUUUUGUUUUUCUGCAGUCAGUCCGUCUCCGAAAGCAGAGCUGGGAAUGAGCGUUAUGAUUUUCGCUUUCGAUUAGAUAGAAGCUGUCAUAUAUUUUCUCCAUGUUAAAUAUUCAAACACAGCAUAUGAUCACAGCUAGGCGUUUUGCAGCACAGAUGUGAAGUGCGUAAAAGUGGGAUGUAGUGGUGAAGACUCUUAAAGACAGGCUUAAAUAAAAAAUGCGAGUGUAUGACAAAAAAAGCAAAUUUUUACAGACCAGUGCACUCGAUCUGUGCGAAAUUGUUAAAAAAAAACAAAAAAACAAGCAAACUGUAGUGAUUUGUGUGUGAAAGCAGCACACACUGCACCCAGCCUGCCACAUCUGGCUUCCUUAUCUGUAACUCCGAUCCUGACAACACUGACGCAUGCUCAAGAUAUGUCUGUUAUCUGAGGAACCAGGUCUUCCUCAGACAUUGGCUCAUCACCUAUACUGAGCCACAGCAAAAUAUGGGUGACACAGCCAGGUCCAGACAGGGGCCAAAUGAGGCCAGAAGACAGUAAAUCAAUGUCUUAUGACCAUAUGCACUGACAGGGAAACGGUGACUAAUUGAAUGAAUUUCAUUUUCUACUUUCACAGUUUUACUUUAACAGUGAGUUAAAAAUGGAGGUGUUGCAUCUUCAGCUUCAGCUCAGCUGCAUUAGAAUAGGGUCACGGUUUUCAGCUGCAAGUGGCUCUCUGACUCUCACGUGAUACAUUAGGCUUGUAAUAUGGCCCCAAUAAUUUUAUUUAUUUGUUUAUUUAGUUCAUUCUUUUAUUCUGUGCCCUUUAUGAAGUAACAAUGUCUUCCCCGGGUCUAGAACCGGCACUUCGCCAAACAUUCCAAACUCAGCUUUUGACUUGGACACAGACCUGCUUCACUUCCUAACUAAUGGACCUGUGGUGAACUAAUACAAGGAUGUGAGCAAAGUUAUCCAUGUGUGACUUUAAUAGCGUUUCUAGUUUCAUUGAAACACCGCCAUUGUGAAAUUUGUCUGUGUCAGCAGAGCAUAGACAAAGUUUUGCGCGCAUUUGUAAAGCUGGGGAUGUUUUGGGUUUGUUCUCUAUUCAAAGUUCCCAGCUGGGAAAAAAAAAAAACAAGAUCAAGAAAUUCUAAGUAUGUAUGAGGAGGGACAGGCAAAUAUUAAUACACAGUUGCAUCCCGUUGCUAUAGAAAUGUUCAGUUUAAGUUGUUUUAAAUUGAUAAAUAAACAAUUUCAAAUAGGACUUCCUGCCUGACCUGCUGUUCACCUGUCACUCCUCUGAAAACCUUUUUCUUUCCUAAAACCUCACUGUGAUUUGCUGUCGUUCUGCUGGUAAAGAAACUGCAAACGAUUAUAUCUUCACCGGGGCCUCAGUUGAAGUGAUCCAAAGUUUCCCCUGAAGGCCUCUUCAUCAAAGCCAGAUCACACCAAACACCGGUCCUCCUGUUUUUGUUGUCUUAGUGGUUCGUGUGGGCGUUAGUGUCACAGCGUCACACUGUUAUCCACCGUUCAGCUGCACUUGUUCUGAUAAAAAAACAAAAAAAACAAUGAAAUGUCCACAUGAACCCCCUGGUGUUUCUCCAGCUGAAGGUAACUUGAUGUGUAAAUGUGGUGUUGCAACAGUACUUCAAAUGUUCGGUCUAAACGAAAUAACAAAUUAAAAAGAAAAAUCCUG